CCUAGCCUUCACCCAUGCCUUCUUUGGCUGUGUUCAGCUUCUUGGAGGCCCUUCUGUAACCCUUUGCUUUCCUGAAGGCAGCAGGGUACUUUAGAAGGAGACUCUUAGGGGUGACUAUGCAGAGGUACAGGGACUCUGCCUGGAAGGAAGGCAUUGUUUUCUACAGGACUGGGCCAGCUUGGGCAGGGUAAAACAGGAACAAAUCUGGCAUCAGGCAUUUCCCAGGGCCAUGGGUGCCAGUUCCUGGCAUGCAGCCUUGAUCCUAGGCCCUGCCUGCCAGCUUCUGCCUGGGUUGGUAUAGGUGACAAGCAGUUGGCCACUCAGGCUGUGUUGGCUGGGCACAAUGCAGUAGGGUGAGAGGGGCCCCUUAGGGGCCUCAAGCUGGAGGGAAAAGGGCAAUUCCAGAUCAUAUUCAUAGCUGGUAUGAUUUGUACCAGUACUGGAUGGCAAGGGUUCAGGCCACCCUCUGCUCCUGUAGGCAUUGACUUACUCAGUCUAAGUGUGUCCAGGGCCCGCCCUUCUUCCAGUAUCUGUGGUUGGACGGUUGUUGUCCUUGGGAGGGCUGGGGGACGGCCAGGGGCUGGCUGCUGGUUAAAUUUAGAGUAGGGUAAUACAGCUGCCUUAGGUCCACCUGCCACCACUGUCACUACUUGGGCCCUGCUGCCAGGGUAGGGGAUGGGUCCAUAUUAACCUGUGCUCUGGCCUGAGGAACAGAGAGAGGCCAGUGGGCCAGGAGGUUGCCUUGGCAGCAAAGCCAAGAGUAGGGCCAGCAGGCUGCUGUGAAGAGGGUGCUGUCCUACCUUGAGCCCCUGUGCAGGCCUCCUCUGCUCAGCCCCAGUUCCUCAUCUGGACCCUUUUGCGGACUCCUCAGCCACCAUCCUGCCUGGUCUAAGUAGUCAUGGCCUCAAGAGUGCGUGAUCAGAGCCAGGCUGGAAGGAAUGGGUUGAAGGAGAAGGUGCUAACUCUGGACACCAUGAACCCAUGUGUGCGAAGGGUGGAGUAUGCUGUGCGGGGACCCAUAGUGCAGCGCGCCCUGGAACUGGAGCAGGAGCUGCGCCAGGGUGUUAAGAAGCCCUUCACUGAGGUCAUCCGUGCCAACAUUGGAGAUGCACAGGCCAUGGGGCAGAGGCCCAUCACCUUUUUGCGCCAGGUUCUGGCCCUCUGUGUCCACCCCAGUCUUCUGAGUAGCCCUGACUUCCCCGAGGACGCCAAAAGAAAGGCAGAGCGCAUCUUACAAGCAUGCGGGGGUCACAGCCUGGGGUCCUAUAGUGUCAGCUCUGGCAUCCAGCUGAUCCGGGAAGACGUGGCCCAAUACAUAGAGAGGCGCGAUGGAGGCAUCCCUGCAGACCCUAACAACAUUUUCCUGUCCACGGGAGCUAGUGACGCCAUCGUGACCGUGCUGAAGCUGCUGGUGUCCGGCGAGGGCCGUGCACGCACAGGCGUGCUCAUUCCCAUCCCUCAGUACCCACUCUAUUCUGCUGCACUGGCCGAGCUGGACGCCGUGCAGGUGGACUACUACCUGGAUGAAGAGCGCGCCUGGGCUCUGGAUCUGGCGGAGUUGAGGCGCGCACUAUACCAGGCGCGUGACCUCUGCCGCCCACGUGCGCUCUGCGUCAUCAACCCUGGCAACCCCACCGGGCAGGUGCAGACCCGUGAGUGCAUCGAGGCAGUGAUCCGAUUCGCCUUUGAAGAAGGGCUCUUCCUGAUGGCUGAUGAGGUGUACCAAGACAACGUGUAUGCCGAGGGCUCUGAGUUCCACUCGUUCAAGAAGGUGCUCAUGGAGAUGGGACCACCGUACUCGACACAGCAGGAGCUUGCUUCCUUCCACUCAGCCUCUAAGGGCUACAUGGGCGAAACGUUCCUUGGCAGGUGCGGGUUCCGUGGUGGCUAUGUGGAGGUGGUGAACAUGGAUACAGACGUGCAGCAGCAGAUGGGGAAGCUGAUGAGCGUUAGGCUAUGCCCGCCAGUGCCAGGCCAGGCCCUACUUGACAUGGUGGUCAGCCCACCCACACCCUCUGAUCCGUCCUUUGCGCAGUUCCAAGCAGAAAGGAGGGAGGUGUUAGCUGAGCUAUCAGCCAAGGCCAAACUCACAGAACAGGUCUUCAACAAGGUUCCUGGCAUCCACUGCAACCCAGUGCAGGGCGCCAUGUAUUCCUUCCCGCGCAUGCAGCUGCCCCCACGUGCGGUGCAACGUGCUCAGGAACUCGGCCUAGCCCCUGACAUGUUCUUCUGCCUGCGCCUCCUGGAGGAGACAGGCAUCUGCGUGGUGCCUGGGAGUGGCUUCGGGCAACGGGAGGGCACCUAUCACUUCCGGAUGACCAUCCUUCCACCCAUGGAUAAACUGCGGAAGGUGCUGGAAAAGCUGAGCCAUUUCCACACUGAGUUCACUCGCGAGUUCUCCUGAGGCCACUGCUGAAACCACACUGUAUAUCCUGAAUGACCAGAUUGAUGGUCCUUGGGGUCUCAGAACCCUCAGGACUUUCUGCUUUUGCCUGCAGUCUGGGCACCUGCCUCUUGAAGGUCUCUAUCUAAUAAAGCUGGGUGCCUGCCUGA